AUGGGGCUGGGAGAGAUGAGGGAGAGCGAGACUGAGGAGAAAGGGGUGACCCCAGCUUCUCUGGAAGUCAGAAUCUCGCUUUGGUGGACAGAUGACAUUGACAAGAGAGAUGGUAGCUGGACAUCAUCACAUGGAAGAGGUUCCUCCAAACCUGAUGAAUGGGAACACAGCAGCAACGGCAGUACUGGUUCUAGGCCCAGUUCAGGGUCCAGACCUGGAUCUGGCUCUCGCUCCGGCAGCAGGGGCCGAAACAACCAGUUCAAAGGCCCUCCCAUGAAUGGGAACAGAGAUGUCUCUUUUGACAUCUUGGGGACGGACAUAUGGGCUGCAAACACAAUGGAUUCAUGUGGAGGUGCAGGCUGGGAUGUGCAGCCAGAGAAGCUGGACUUCAGUCACUUUCACAGGAAACAAUUCAGAGGGAUGCCAAAGCACCUGCCACACAUCGACAGAGAGGGCAUGAGCAAAAACAAGUUUGCAGAAGAAGAUAGUAUUGACAUGAACAGCCUAGAAGGGUUCCUGCCACAUCUGCGCUCUGUCUUCCCACCACUUGCUAAUGAGUCUGAGAUUGCACACACCAAAAAGCUCUUCAGACGCAGGAGGAAUGACCGACGAGCAUUUGAUCACAACACGCGAGACCAGUUAACCAUACUCCUGCCUUCUGGCCCGGGGGAGAAACGGCAAGUCUCAGCCAGGAGACAGCAGCGACCUCAAGGAGGAGGAGGUGGCAAGAACCACCCUCAGCAGGUUCAACAGUCACCACAGCAACAGCAGCAGAGGGAUCAAACCCUGCAGCUGUCUCCAAACCAACAGGAGUCCGACUUAACAGAACGGGGAGAUAGCAAAAACCACAAUGCGGGUCGACCACCACGUCAGAACCAAGGAGGACCCCCGCACCAUGGAUACAGCCAGAACCGGCGCUGGCACCACAGUCAGAAAGGCCAGGGGCACGGACACACACCCCCUACAGGUGAUAAAGAAGGACCUCUAAGAACAGCCAAAGACGAGGAGACUGAGGGUGUGAGAGUGGGCGAUGAGCACAUCAGACCACCUCAAGAACCCGGCAGUAAGUGUCCAAAUGAAUCACCCAAAACUGACCCAACGCCCAGGACUGAUGUCCCCACAGAUCUGACAAUUAAUAAGAAAAGUCCCAAGCCACCACCAAGUGGAGAAGCAGGCGAAGGCCAGGUGGAGGAGCCAAAAAUCAGCCUUCUGCAGUCGUCAAAGGAGAGGCUGAGGAGGAGGCUAAAAGACAAGGAGGAGACUCUUGUGGAAAAGUCACAGAUGGGACCACCGAACAUGGACCGGCUGGUGGAUCUUCUCAACAGCAUGAGGAGCAACAGCAGCGGGGUGGAGCAGCAGCUGGCCUCGUUCAUGGAGGAGGCGCAGUGCUCGGCGCGGUCCGAGGAGGCGCUGACUCAGGUGGUCGGCACCAUCUACUCCAAGGCCGUUUCGGACAGGAGCUUCGCCUCGACGGCAGCAAAGCUCUGUGACAAGAUGGCGAUGUUCAUGGUGGAGGGAACCAAGUUCAGAUCGCUGCUACUCAACAUGCUGCAGAGGGAUUUUUCCCGCCGCGAGGACCUGCAGCAGGCAGAUGUGGAGCAGUGGUUGGGUUACAUCACCUUCCUGUGUGAGGUGUUUGGCACCAUGAGGAGCAGCUCCGGUGAGCCCUUCAGGGUUCUGGUGUGUCCCAUCUACACGUGUUUACGAGAGCUCCUCGAGUCAACAGAUGUUAAAGAAGAUGCGGUCCUUUGUUGCUCCAUGGAGCUGCAAAGUACGGGGCGCCUCCUGGAGGAGCAGCUCCCUGAGAUGAUGACGGAGCUCUUAGCGGCCGUGAGGGACAAGAUGCUGAGUCCGGUCGAGUCUCAGCUGACUCGCUCUCUGCUCAUGGAGGUCAUCGAGCUGCACGCGCACCACUGGAGCCCUCUGGAGGCUCUCACCACCCAGUACUACAACCGUACCAUCCAAAAGCUAACCACUACUGCCUAGACUACCCUACACACACACCCUGCUGAUGCCCCGAGUUUAAUUAUUCGUGAAGACGACUAAACGCCACGCCUGCUGGGGGCAGCCACAAGGGUAUCCAGCAGAAAACAUAACAUAGGACGUGUCUGAAAACUAUCUGCUGUUUUUGGCGUGACUGGUCACACACAGUCUGUGAGCUCCACCAGCUGUAGCUGCUGAGGGAUUUUGGGGGAGGGGGGGUCAGCCUUGUCCAUAAAGAGAUCUGUGCCCAAAGCUGAAUGGGGGGGGGGUCAGUCUCUUCAUUGUGUUGAUUUGCCAAACCCCCCAUCCUGACCCCCCUUCCUCUGUCUCCCCAUCAGCCCCUGGGGUCUGAAAGGCUGAUAAAGGAGGCGGGGUGUAGACACGAUGCUGUCUGUCUGGGACGUCUGCCCUGCCGGGCCAGGGACCAGGUCAAAGGGCCUCAGUAGAGCUCCACAUCUCCUCCCCCCUUCCCUCACUGUAAAACCCCCCCAGCAGGAGCCCCUCUGGGGGGACGACAGCGGGCCUGCUGGGCCGGGCCGGACUGAGAAUAAGGAUCAGGCUGGCUGGAGCAGGGUGGCAGAUGGCUGCUCCAGGGUCCCGACACACCCCCACAGGCACCCCAGCUUUCAGCACCCCCCACCCCACCCCCCAGCAGUAGGAGUGGGGUGCAUUAGUAAAUUGAAGCAGACACUGCUGUCUGAUAAUUCCUUUGUUUUUGUCUUGCAGAGGAAUGAUUCUCCUCUGUUCAGCAUGAAUUUUUAACCACAUCAUUGAUGUAAGAAUUCAUUUGAAUCAUUUGUUGUUUUUAUCAUCGACAGUUGGUUUUGAAACCUCAUCUUUAUGGUCAGACCUAGAUAAUCUAGCAGUAGGCCUUAUUGCACAGCUUUGAUCCCUUUUGCAUUGCAGUGAUGCAGUUUGCUUUAUAAUUUAAACAAAGUGAGACGAAGACGCUCCUGGAACGGGGGUUCUAGGAUGUUCAAAUUGACUAGUGGCCUUGUCAGUUAUUCCUUUUUAUAGGAGUUUCCUGUUUUUCCCAGUUGGAACCAGAUGAACUCCAUCGCAGGAGAAUACAUUAAAGACAAAAAUAUGAAAAAGCAUGGCACAAAGGUCAAAUCCUUCUUUGCAGUGUUUGAUCUUUUCCUUUUUGGUUCUAGAUGUUGAGAGAAGGAACAGCCGAGCGGUUGGAAACUUGCCUUCUUCACACAUUUCUGUCAGGAAUGGACUUGGGAGUAGUCACAUGCAUUCAUGCAUGUUCAUUCAUGUUAUUAAUAUUAGCUUUUUGUAAUAUCAUUUUUGAAGUCUUGCAUCAAGAAUAAAGAUCCUGUGUGGUAGAAGCACAGCCCAGCAGAUUAGUGGGGUGACAACAGUCUUUUAAAAUCUUUUUUGUUAUUGUUUAUUUUUGCAGGAGCUAAAUAAUCAUCAUGUGUACAUGUGUCAUUUAAAUUAUAUCUAACUCAUUUAUAUAUAAAGAAGUGUGUCCUCUGGUGAGUUUAUAGGAGCGUUUAAGCAGCUGCAAAGUGUGUUCUGUUUUAUUUGGUGAAAGGAGUUUUUUUUUUUAAAAAAGCCCAUCAGUCAGUGUCUGUUAUGCAAAAAGCAGCUCCCUCUCAGCAGAUUGGAGCAGGUGUGGAUCCCCCACCCACGUGCCCUUAGACCCUUCUGCUCUGGUCACAUGACUCACCCGACAACUGAAUGAGGCCCGCCGUCAUUUGCAAAAUCCUCAUGAAUAUAGAAAAAGGAGGCAGCGAUUGGAUCCGCUGUGUUCUUGGGUUUGUUUUGCAAAGCUGCCGCAAAAAUAAACUAAUAAAGUGAAUAAGAUAUGUAACGGAA